AUGAAGCAGCAGCUGCUCCAAGGUCAUCAGAUUCAAGGGAAAGCGUUGAAUCAAGUCACCACGGACAUCAACUCUAGGAUGAACCACAUGUUCAAUGAACUGAGUACCAAAUAUGAUAACGUAACCAGCCAUAUGCGCCAGAUGGAUGUUCAGAUCGCACAGAUAGCUGAGAGCGUCAAAAGGCAGCAAGGUACUCUACCUGGAAAGACCGAUAAAAAUCCUAAGGAAUGUAAUGCUGUAGCACUAAGGAGUGGAAGAAACCUACCUGAUGCAAUUCCCAAGAAGUUGGCGGCAGCAGAAAAGGGUAAGCAGAAAGAGGGUGAGCAACCACGAUCUGAAACACCUCCUUUAUCUGACGAGGAACCGGAACAGUCUGCUGAGAUCGAUCUGACACCUGUCGCUCCACUAGUUGAGCCUGUUCCUCCACGCGAAUACACCCCCAAGGUUCCAUAUCCUGUUCCGGAAAAGACGUCUCGCAAGGAUCGGGAGGAGACCAAGUGUAAAAAGAUGCUGGAAGAUCUGACUAUCAAAUUACCUCUUGUAGAUGCGAUACAGACGAUACCUUCUAUGCGCAGCUUGAUGAAGGGGUUGAUCUCUGGUAAAGUGACUGGAGAUAGUGAGCUACUGAUGGUUUCAAAAGAGUGCACUACGGUACUUCAGAACAAGCCGAUAAAAAAAAUGGAUGAUCCAGGCAAGUUUGUUCUCUCCAUACAAAUCGGGAGAACUGUAUUCGCUUGUUCUCUAUGCAAUCUGGGUUCCAGCGUCAAUCUCAUGCCUUACUCCGUGAAAAAACGACUAGGCUUCACAAACUUCAAACCGACGAGAAUUUCUCUGGUGUUCGCCGACAGAUCAGUCAAGUCACCAGUGGGUAUUCUGGAAGACCUUCCUGUCCGAGUGGGUAACACGUUUGUUCCGACAGAUUUUGUGGUUCUGGAAGUUGAAGAAGAACCGAGAGAUCCACUCAUCCUGGGACGUCCCUUCUUGUGCACAGCUGGGGCGAUCAUUGAUGUUCGGCAAGGGAGGAUUGAUCUUCACCAAGGAGACAUUGCGAUGAAGUUCGAAAUAAACAAAUUGCUGAAGAAACCGAUGCUAGAUGCGCAGACAUACAUCGUUGAGGAUAACAACCUGGCGCUACUCUCUCAAGAAGGGAUGAUCGAGGAGAUCUUGACCGACGAUCCGUUCGAGCUAGCUCUGAUCCGCUCUGCGACGGAGCACAAUGUCAUGAGCGUGGACGCGGACGGCUACGACAAGAUGCUUGACUCAGCAAAAAGCAUGGAGAGACUUGUAACCUAUCUAAGUCUAGGGGAGAAAGACGAGAGCAAUCAGAGCGAUACCUCUGGAGCAGUCGCUUCUAAGGGCGCUACUAAGGUGAGCACGCCACGCGACGAUCCAUGA